AUGUCAUACGCUGCCAACAGCGAGAGCCCCACAGAUCCGGCGCCAAGAGAAGAAGAUGAUAAUGACGAUCUCGUGCUAGAGGAGGACGGAUCUUCAAGGCAAAAUGGUCGAGAAGAGACUCAGAUUGCGGUACCCGAGAAAUUUGUGAUCGUUGCCGUCAGCGAAAGCGAGAUGAUGAGGCGGUUAAGCCAUGAAUGCUGGAGCAAAAAUGGGGUUGUGGCUCCUGUUGGAUUGAGACCGCCAUCAAACCCCCAGCUUCAGUCUCGCCAAUCGCGAGUUGCUGGCAGUGACAACAGACCAGCCUCCGCAAAGCGCCAUCAGCCCUUCGAUGAAAUCAAAGGCGUCGAGUCUACGUUAUUUGCUCAUGUUAUAUUUGCGACCAGGUUUUUACAAGAAACUGUAGCAGUUGACCCGCACUCGAACGAUGCCGCCGAAAUGAGCCCGGCGCUGGAUGCCCUGCGGAGCAUGGUUAGCAUUCAAAAGCAGCAUAAUGAGGCAGUAGAAGAUUUACCCCCAUUCUCAAAGCCGAUUCCUCCGGGUCUCGAUCUUAGGGAUCUACCUAUACCUUCUAUGGAUCGAAUCCUCGCAUGCCUAAGGGCCGCUCAAGAACGGUUGUCCACCCAAUUUUAUUGGCCCUUUGAGUUUGGAUCUCUGGGAGACUUCACCCAAUACGUCGUCAAGGCGUGCUCGCCCGGACCAGUGACGGACAUGGAGCUGAUCAUCGUUCAUUAUGGUCUCAAUUGUCUCUUCACUGAGUGUGCUACUGUCGCUGUUGAUGAUAUAGCCAAGCAGGACCACGAGACACAGGCUCUCAUCUGCAGGGAUUCUCUCGAAAUAAUCCUAUCUAACCUAUCCUUCCACAUCACUACGAACAAAGACUCUGUUUGUGCUAUGUACAUGGCGACUCUUUACUGCCUCUACCAAGGCAAACCAUUUGCGGCGUGGGCAUUCAUAUCCAAGGCUUCCCUUAUGAGCCAGGCCCUUGGCUUGCAUAGCAAUUAUGCUAUCCUAUACGAAUCAGCAGAGGAAACGGCUCGCAAGACACGUCUGUUUUGGGCACUUUAUACCAUUGAGAAGGAAAUGGCACUACGCCUUGGUCGGUCUUCUACCAUCAGAGACCACGAUAUCACGGUACCUCGGUUAAUCCUUGACCGCAAGAUGACUUCCUUGAUAUACCACAGGCUGCCUGACUGGAUUGAUGUGGCCAGUCUAUACGGACGAGUAGGCGUUCCAUCGGGGCAAUCCUCCCGCUUGGCACUUUGUCCAGAAUGUAUCUCGUCUGCGAUACUUGCCAUCAAGGAGGUGGAACUGUGCAUCGCCAUGCUGGGAGACAUGGAAUUGCAGUCCCCCAGUCUCGACCGAUGGAUUAGCGAGAUAAUCUUCCUAGCACCCUUCAUGCCAUUUAUGAUCCUAUUUUGCAAUGUUAUUGAGACCUCCGACCUAAGUCACCUGGAUCACCUACAAAGAUUGGUCGAUAACCUGCAGUCGAUGGCACGGUCCCAGCGCUACUCCACUUGCAGUAAGCAACUGCAAAUCCUGAACGCUUUGUGCGACGUUGCCAGGAAGUUCGUCGAGACCAAGGCAACAAGAAAGCCAGAGGGGUUGAUGGGCGGUCACGUUACAGACCUAGACAUCAACAAUUACCUUGACGGUAACGAACUUUGGUUCGAUAAUGAGAGUCCCCCCUCCCCGAUCUUCCCGACACCCGAGCAUUUCCCAACCAGUGAUGCCCAAAGGGCAAGGGCAGCUUUUCCUACCGAAGGGACCGACAACCAAGGCUACCAAGUCGUGAAUGCUCCAUUCGAAUUUCAGCCAAGAGCCAACACUUUGGGGGUACAAUAUCAGCUACCUGGCUACAGCAUGGAGCUAGAUGCUACAAGUUCCCAGCUAGAAAGUUGGCUCCAUUAG